AUGAAACCGUCAUUAGCAGCUUUUGCCUUUGUUUCUAAAAGACGACUGAAUAUGAGAGCAGCUGAGCAAGAGAGAGGGCAUAUAAUUCCAACCACGGAUCAUUCGCGUGUUCUUUACAUUUACCUGGUAUAUAUUGCAGCAGUUCUCCACAACGACAUGUUUUUCGAAGAGGAAGACAGUAAUGAUUUUGAGGACGAAGACGAGGAUUUCUACUACGAUGAGGUAGACAGUUCGCCUGACGUCACCUUUGCUCCAACGCAGUCCCGUCGAAAUGAUGUUGCUUUUUCUUCGAGUUCUUCUAAACACGGUGUUGGUCCAGGAUGUCGUUUGCAGGACAUAUUCUCCCGCAUGAAUGAUUCUAAGAAGGACGGAGCAGAUGAGGUUAACGGCAUCGCAUCCUCCGGUAUCGAGCUGAACAGUGACGAUCUCCAAACCAUAUGCUCAAGAUCUGACCGUGAUGAUUUUAACAAUGGAGCAGAAAACGGCGACGAAAACGUGGAUUCCGAGAACAGAAAUAAACUCGUAAAACCAGGAGAGAAUGGUUUUGGUGCAAACCAUUCCUUUUUGACCGGAGAUGUUAUUCGAAACCAUCGAUAUAUGAAGAAUGGAUCCGUCAGAAUUUCGACCAACCGAGUACCUUACGUUCACAAUCUUCAUGAUUCUAUGUCAUCGAGGGACCAAGAUAUCCGUGAAAAAUUGUUCACAGCACCUACCAAAUUCAAAUAUGGCGCCCGUUAUAAAGAUGAGUCUAGACCAGGUACGUGGACUAUUUUGUGGGAACCAAAGCGGUUGCAUGAGCUUACCACCUUCGUGAUGAUGUCUACGAUUUGCGCAGCCCUUAAUUCGCAACGUUGCCUCCGUUGGGUCGUUGGGAUUGGACGUGGUCGCAGGGUUGUAGGCUGUACAGUGUCAAAUGAGGAGCGAGACACUCUUAGGCAAGCGUUCAUAUAUUGUGUUCGCUCUGGCAUACUUCCAGAACUUCAUCCAGAGCUUGUUCACUUACGCUUUACUUCUGUGGAAGAUCAUUUCUACGAUGAGAGCAACAUGCGCCUACUAGUGGAAAUUGCCAUCGACCAUAAAGUAGCCACGUUGUACCAGUUAUCUUCCGGACGCAUUUUCUGCCUAUCUCAGGACAAAGUGAAGGAAAUUAAGGGCGGAAUCAACGAGGCUCGACGGCUGUUGGAGGUCAACUAUAGGAAUGACUGGAGAUCAGUGUUUGAUCAAGCCCCAUAUGGAUACCUAAGGUACACAUCGUGUGCUACUACUUCUGAUCAUGAUAGUACAUAUUCGUCCUUGUUUUGGUUUUUGAUGAAGAUUUUCAUCUUUUUUGUACCAGGCGUCACUGUUGGCUUCUCUAUACGACGCCUUCUGCCCAAAACAUGUUUAUAG